AUGGAUCCAUAACAAGAACAAAAUCAACCAAAUGUAAAGAAAAAUGAAGAGUAAACAAAUAAAACAAACAAUAAAGAUAUAAAAAAAGAAAAAUAAAAACCUCCCUCAGAUCUUCUAGAAUAAUUAAUGAAUUUUAAGAUGCCGUUAAGAAUGUAAACCGGUAAAGAUGGUAUAAACUUCGAGAAUAUGGCUAGAGAAUUUAAAUUAAAAGGGAAUUUUUCAAAAGUCAUAAAAGAUGUUCUUAUUUCAUAGUAACAAUGAUUUAUUAUGAUAUUUAUAUAAAUAAACCUAUUUUAUUUUCAAAAAGUACCUUAAUACUAAAUAAGUUAAAGUAUCCAAUGAUAAUAGAUUUAUAGCAGUUUCUGAUAAUUAAACAAUUAAUAUAAUUGAAAUCUUUGAAAAUAAAUACUAAGAAGUUCCAGAUCUAGGACAAAGUGUGUAGAUUUUUGAGUUUAACUGGAAUGAUUCAAAUAUUUUAUUUACAGUAUCAGACAAUUACAUAAUUAGAAAGUGUGACAAAUCUAAUGAAAUUAUUAUGGAAUAUGCAAAUUCUUAUACAGAGACUAAUUUUAGUUUAAAUUUUUCUAAACAACUCAAUUAUUUAGUUUAUUCAUACUUUAAUAGACCAAUUACCUUAAUUAAUCUAAAUGAUAAAAAACACUAUUAAAUACCAAUUUAAGGUUUGUAUGGAAUUGCAACUAUUUCUAUUAAUGAAAUUUUAGUUGCUAUAUCCACAUCAGAUUCUAUGAUUUAUUUAUGGAAUCAUGAAAAAGAAAUUGUAAAGGAAAAUAAUUUGAUUUAUAAAAAAAAAAUUAUUAAUUUAACAUUUACAAAUGAUGAUACUGAGUUAAUUUGUUUUUAGGAUUCAAUAGGUGUAUAUUAUAUUUCAGAAGAUCUUUAAAUAAAAUAAAAAUAUUUUUGGAAGAUAGAUAAUUCUACAAUUUAUACUUUCUGUCCUAAGCAUUUAUCAAUUUUCAAAGUAGUUCAUGAUCAAAAUGCAUAUAUUGAAUUUAUGAAUCAUGGAUCAACUACAAUUUUAUUUGAUGAAAAACAUACACCAAUUAAUUUUCACAGUACUUACAAUGGAAAUUAUAUUGUUUCAAUAGAUUAUUAAGGCUUAGUCAUAUGGGACUUAAAGAAUAAUUCAUAACUUUUAAAUAAUUCUUAAUUGUGUGGAAACAAAGUUAUGCUUAUACAACUAAAGACUUUAAUAACAGGUAGUGAGAAAGAAAUCAAGAUUUUAGAUAUAACAAACCAAGAGAAUAUUUAAGAAAUAUAAACAAUUUUAUUUGAUUAACCUAUAAAAAGUAUGUAAUUUUCUUCGACUUAAGAAUAUUUUGUUUGUGGAUUUGAUAAUUCAAUAAAAGUAUGGAGAAUUAGAAAUGAUAGAUAAUGCUAAUAAGUGGCUAUAUCAGCUAAUGGUCAGUUUGUAAUUUACAAAUCAGAGGAAUCUUUACAAUUAACUAAUAUAAGGCAAAAACAUGCAAAGGAGUUAAUUUUUAAGUCUGUUAGUGGACUUAUAUAUUCAUCAGAUUUCUAAAAUUUGAUAACUUUAAUAAAUGGAACUCCUAAAUUAUUUACUUCAACUUUAGAACCGAUAGAAACUUAAUUAGAUAGCUAAUUCUAAGAUAUUGAAGGAUAAUAUAUAAAAUCGGCUUCUAUAGAUUCAAUAUUUGUAAUAUCUUCUGAUUUUAACAUAUUUAUAGUCAAAAUUCUAGAUAAAACUAAUUUAACUUUGAUCAGGAAAAUUCCUAUUGAAGAAUAGUUCUAUAUGGUUUCUUUAGAUAUUAAUCCUUUAGGAACUCUAUUAAUAGCUGGUAAUUAUUUGGGAUCAAUUUAUCUAUGGGAUUUGUCACCAUCUUCUACUAUAAUGAAUAACUCUAAAAAUAAUUUAAUUAUAGAAAAUUAAAAUGAUUAAAUUUAUGAUUUUACAUUUAGUCCUAAUGGAACUGAUUUUUCAGCAGCAGUUUAUGAUGGAUCUUUAAUUUAAUAUUCCAUUGAUUUAAUUCACAAGACUUAAAAUAUCAAAUAAAAUGAUGGAAAUUAAGAAAAUAGUUAGGUUUAAGUAAUAGAUCAUAUAAAUAAAUAAUUCCGAUUGAUUUGUUAUAAAUCAUUUACCAGAUAAUCUCUAAUAUUAGCCAAUAAAUGCAUAGUAAAAAAAGCAUAAAUCAACUAAAAUAAAUAGUCAAUUUAUCAACUAUUCACAUAAAAAGGAGCUAUUGAAGAUAUCGAAUGA